CUGCUGCCGCGCCGCCCUGUUUUGCCGGAGCCGCCAUUGUCUUCGCGGCGGUGCUCAGUUCGGAGGUGUAGCGCGCCGCUGGCUGUGGGGAGCGAGGAUUCAUACUCUAGGAGGAGAGUAUUAACAUCAGGCCGCCUAGAAAUUUCUCCGACUUUGAAUCCUAAUGCGCGUCGGCGGCUCGUCCGCGCGCGCGCCCCGCCAAACUCCCGGGCGGAUUCCCACCUCUUGAAAACUUCCUUCUUUUUCUAAUCUCUCUCCCGGCCCUUCCCCCACUCUCGCGUCCCGUCGGCCCCGACAGUUUUUUCUAGGGCUUCAGGGGAACGCGCGUCCUUCCUCGAGGGCACGCCUCGGGUUCCCUCGGUUCGAUCUCUACUCCGCGGGUUCCGCUGCUUCCCCUCUUGAGGAUAGUGCUGCAUCGAGGAGCGGCGGCGCGAUGAAUGUGCCUAUAGUCGAUCCAUUGCAAGGGGAUUUCCCCGAGACCAUUGAGGAGUUCUUGCAGCAUGGGAAUAUGAAAUGCAUUGCAUUUAACCGCAGGGGAACUCUGCUUGCUGCUGGAUGUGCAAAUGGUAGCUGUAUUAUCUGGGACUUUGAAACAAGGGGGCUGGCAAGGGAAUUUCGGGAUAAAGAUUGUACUGCACCAAUAACUAGUGUCAGCUGGUCUAAAUAUGGUCACCGCUUGCUUGCCUCUGCUACUGAUAGGUCAUUGACACUUUGGAAUGUGGUAACCGGUGAAAAGAUUGCCCGCAUAACUCUUCAGCAGACUCCAUUGCAUGCCUGUCUUCAUCCUGGUUCAUCCAUCCCAUCUGUUUGUUUAGCAUGCCCUCUCUCCUCUGCACCUGUUCUUGUUGAUUUGAAUACCGGAAGUACCAUAGUUCUUCCAGUUUCUGCAUCUGACAACAGUGUGCCUGUGCCUAAUUCACGUAACAAAUUUUCGGAUGGUUCUCCACCAUUUACACCAACUGCUGCAACUUUUGAUAAGCAUGGAGAUCUGAUAUAUGUAGGCAAUUCCAAAGGAGAGAUAUUAAUUGUAGAUUCAAAAGGCAUCCAAGUACUUGCAGUAAUUCCCAUCCCAGGUGGAACAGUUGUUAAGGAUAUUGUUUUCAGCAGAGAUGGCCAAUAUCUACUAACGAACUCUAAUGAUCGUGUCAUUAGAGUCUAUGAGAAUAUUCUGCCUAUUAAAGGCUCUGGGAGGGAGAUUGAAAACAUAAUCACCAACAACAAUAAUGAGUAUGAAAGCCACUAUGAGAAGCUAAAAGCCAAUGGUGCAUGCUGCCUAGUUUUUUCUUGUGAAGUCUCAGAUGCCAUCGCAAAGGUACAGUGGAAGGCACCAAGCUUCAGUGGUGAUGCUGAGUGGAUUGUUGGUGCUUCUGCAAGCAAAGGAGAGCACAGGUUGCACAUAUGGGACCGAGCAGGGCGUCUUAUAAAGAUCCUUGAAGGACCAAAGGAAGCUCUCAUUGAUCUCGCUUGGCAUCCAUUUGAUCCUACGAUUGCUUCAGUGUCUGUGGCAGGCCUGACAUACAUUUGGGCCAAGGAACAUGUAGAGAAUUGGAGUGCGUUUGCUCCUGACUUUAUAGAAUUAGAAGAAAAUGAGGAAUAUGUUGAACGAGAGGAUGAAUUUGACAUAAAUGCAUAUACAGAAAAGGCUGCGGAGAAGAUGAUAGAUGAGGAUGCGUAUAUUGAUGUUGAGACAUGUGAGAAGAAUUCAUCAUUCAGUGGCUUCGAGGAGGAUUCAGCAGACGAGAUCAUCUACUUGCCUGCUAUUCCAUCCCCAGAUGUUCCUGAUGAGCAGCCAGACAAGUGCUUAGUAAGCUCAUCUAAGCUGGAGGACAGCAAUCAUUCUGGUUCCCCGUCCUCAAUGGAUGCUGUACAGAAUGGUCUAGUUAUUCCUCCAGCAUCUAGUCCACUGGAAGUUGAUAACUCCACCGCUGAAGAGCCAGCGGAAACGGCAAACGCAAAGCGGAAGAGGAGGCUGUCUGCCAAGGGGCUAGAGAUGCAGCAGGCUGAAAAGGUGAAGAAACCUGCAAUAAAGAUGUCCAAUGGCAAGUCAUCAAAAUCCAAGAGCAAGCCGGUGAUGGAACUUGCCAACGGGAACAGCUCGGCCGUCGACAUAGAUGAUGAAGCUACUGAGGAUGAUGAGAUGAUCUAAGCAGUAGCUUGUAUCCGGUAACAUUGAUGGCUAGUGUUUAGCUCCACGAUGCCUGACCGGAGAACAACAGUGUGGGCAUAGAGAAGGUUGCUUGGCCUAUGUAGUUUAGUGGACUAGUCAGUGUAGUGUUCCUCCAGAAAGAAAGUACUUGGUGCUGUAUGAAUGCUGAGACGUGAUAAACAUCGUUAGCAUAUGUGCUGUAUGUAACUUCAUUUCAGGUCUGAA